GGUUUGCUACUGUACAAAUAACUGUACAAUAUCGCUCUAUAUUUGUACUGUUAUUUGGACGAUAUUCGCUGCAGUCGGAUAAUAACUGACAAUGUUGUACCAUGAGUGUCAGCUAUCGUUGUAAAUUCUUUCCUGGAGGGCUUAAUACUUUCUUCUCGACAACUAGUUAUUUUUAUUUGCAGGAAGAAAAUCAAACAAAAAGAAAAAUUUAAUUCAAAAAAUGUUCUUCUCUUUGCCCGUUGGAGCUGAAUUACCAAUUUAUUACACUCAUAAGCAAGUGCCAGUAUCACAUAAAAAGAGCACGGUGGCUGAUUCUGAAGUUACCGAUAGUGAAGGUAGUAGAUAUUUUUCUGAGGAAACCAGUGGCCCCUUUAGGUCAAAUACGUGGGGAUUGCAACAACCUCUUGAAAACGAAGAACUCUCACCUGAUUUAGAAACAAGGACAAUAGCGAAACAAAAUGUUCUUCCUUCCAGUGAAGGGGACUUGAGGUUUCAUGGGAUUGGAGGACAAUAUCUACGGCCUCGAACAAUCGAUAGAUAUCGAGUAUUGAAGAAUAGAGGCCAGUUUUUUAAAAGGCCAUCUAGAACACAGCGAAUUCUGAACGUGUAUAGAAGGUCAAAGACACCAGGAUUAAAGAUGACAAGAAGAGAUGUUUCCAAAACGAAGAAAACCUCUUUACUAAAACAAAACAAUGAGUUCAGUAAAUUAGAAAAUGCCGGUUAUAUAACGAAAGGUAAGCAUACAAUUUAA